AUGGCGAAGAUGAUGACACUAAGAAUGAAACCCAUGAUGGAGGGUAUCAUUUCGGAUUCACAGAGUGCGUUUAUUCCAAAUAGGCUUCUUACUGAUAAUAUUUUGAUAACAGCAGAAGUGGGACAUUAUCUGAACAGGAAGCAGUGCGGGGCUAUUGGCUGGGGGGCUCUCAAGUUGGAUAUGGCAAAAACCUAUGACCGUCUGUCCUUGUUACUGCAACAAGUGCAAACUAAUUGUCUGGUUCAUGGUUGCAGAGUAACACGGGGUGCCCCACCAAUAUCCCAUUUAUUCUUUGCAGAUGAUAGCUUGCUUUUCUUUAGAGCAAACCAUCAGGAGGCAAAUCAGAUUAAGAAUUGUUUAUCUAUAUAUGAGAGUUUAUCUGGACAAAUGGUUAAUUAUCAAAAGUCCAGUAUCUGCUAUAGCAGGAAUACGGGUGAAGGAAACAGAGAUGUUGUGGCACAGAUUUUGGGAGUGGUCCAGGCACCUAAUUUUGGGAAAUAUCUGGGCUUACCACCAUUUGCCGGAAGGAAUAAAAGGGGGGCCUUUGCCUAUAUUGAGGAUAAAAUUAGGCAAAGGAUUGGAUCAUGGAGCAAGAAGCUACUGACACAAGCGGGAAAGGAGGUACUAUUGAAAAGUGUGGCUCAGGCAAUGCCUACCUUUUCUAUGGGUGUCUUUCUAUUACCCAGUUCUACCUGUACAGCUAUUGAGAGAACAAUGAACCGCUACUGGUGGGGUUCAGGCACAGACAGGGGAAUACACUGGAAAGCAUGGGAUACGUUAUGCAUCCCCAAGAAAUAUGGAGGUCUGGGUUUUAAGGAUCUGAGAGCAUUUAAUUUGGCAAUGUUGGGUAAACGGGUAUGGAGGUUGCUUACUAAACCUGACUCAUUAGUGGCUCGUGUAUAA